GCAUUUGAGGUGCUGGGCACCAUAGAAAUUGCAAUUAAAGACCUGAAGACUCAAGCUCUGUCAUUACCUGAGCUGGGGAAGAAACAUAAAGAAAUUUCAUGCAGUAUAAAAGAGGCGUCCACUGAGGCUCUUCAGAGAGGUCAGCUGUUACUUCAGAAGAUCAAACCACAAAGUGUCCAAGUCGGAGGGCUGCAAAGGAUGCUUGGAUACAUCAAAGAGAGGGUGGAGGUGCUGAGUCACGAGUGCCACGCCCACAAAGCUCUCACUGGCAAAAGACAGCAACUGGUGAAUGCAAUUGAAGAACUGGUAGAUAAGGUCUCUGCCUGGAUUAAGAACAGCAACAGUGCCCUCUCUGCCAGCAUAGAGCCAGGUUUAACUUUAACUGAGGCUGAGGACACACUUAACAAACAUGUUGAGCUUCUCUCACAGUCUCAGGAUGUUAUGAGAGAAUCAGAGGCUAUAGCUGGUUUUAUAAAGGAGCUGCAGGGGCUGGAAUCCUCAGAGACAGUCGAUUUGUCUAACAAAGCCUCACUUCUGGCAGAACAGAUGAAAACAUUGGUCAGGGACAUUUCAACACAUGUGGAGAUCCUCAAACCCUAUGUGGACUUCUUACGCUCUGCUGAUGAGGUUAAAGAGCAGAUAAGAACAUUGCAGGAAUGCUACAAGAAUAGGCCAGAAGAAGAGGAGGAGAAUGAUGGAACAUGUGCAACCAUAAAGGAAAUGUUGGAUACUAAGUGGCAGUCUCUUCUGCAGAGUUUUUUCACCAUGCAGGACCUAGGCAACAAUUUCAUCAAUUCCUCUAACAUGGUCAGUGGCAACCUGAAUCUGAAUAUUAAAGCAGCAGGAAAUGUUGUGGAAAAUCAUAUGGAGACCCUGACCAGGACAAAAUCUGAGCUAUCUGAUCUGUGGACAUCUUGGCAACUUCAUUAUAGUGAGAUCAAAUCUGUAAAGAAGCAGUGGAAAAAAUUGAAGGAUCAACUCAAAAAGGUUCUUCGUGACUUAAAAGCAAUGGAGGAGAUCUUUGCUCCAGCAUCAAAAGUUGAUUUGGGUGGAGAUCCUCAGUCUGUGUCAAAGCUACAGGAGAACUUUAACUCUGCAAAGCCACAGUUCCUACAACUGAAUGCAGAAAUGGAAUUCCUUGUUAAGACAUCCGAGCUGCUUGCCUUGAAAGGAAUACCAGUCAAAGAGAAGAAUGAGAGAGUUUCUGAGCUUCUUCAGCUACAUCAGCGUGUCAGAGAUAAACUCAGAGAGUAUGAAACUGUUCUUAGCAUGACCGUCAAAUUCCAUCAGCUUUAUCAAGAGCUAGAUAGCUUAAUAAAGACAGAUCCAGUGACUGUGUUCCAUGAUGCCAGCCAGGCCAGGACUCAGCUGACCCAGCACCAAGAGAGGCAGAGGCAUAUUCGACAUCUGUACAAGCUCGCUCUUUCCCUGGGUGUAGACAUCACCAGCACUGUGCAGCAGUCGCGUGUGCUGGUGUUGUCAGCGCAGCGGUUACAGGAGAAGCUGGAAAGGUUGGAGAGAGGAAGUGAAAACUGGAUUGCUGAGGCCAACAAGUGUGAAGAGUGUUUGAUGAUCAAUGUCCACUGCUGUCUCUAUAAGGAAGAAAUCAAUGAACUGAGAGAGUCCUUCAAAGAUCUGAAGAAGAAAUUCAACAAUUUGAAAUUCAACUACGUGAAGAAAAAUGAGAAGUCGAGAAACUUAAAGGCAGUGAAAAAUCAGAUCCAGCAAAUUGAGAUAUACAUCGAAAAGCUACAGGUUUUAAAGAAGAAGCUACAAGCCUUCACUCUGAAGGUAUCUAGUAGCAGUGAGAAGCAUUUCAUUGGCAACAACCUCAGAGAGAUUGAGGAUACCUUAAAUGAGCUACAGAGACAGGUGGGCGACUUUGACAGGACAGUGGAGGAGUACAGACAGAACCUGGAUAUAAAUAUCAAGCUUCAGCAAGCCUUAGAGGAGUAUCAGUUCUGGUGUGACGAGGCAAGCUCUACAAUUGUACGUGUGGGUAAAUAUUCCUCUCAAUGUAAGACUAAGGAAGCAGUCAGCUCUCUCUACAAACAAUUCGAAAAGUUUGUGUGGCCCACAAUCCCACAGCAAGAGGAGAGAAUCAGUCAGAUCACUGAGCUGGCUGUGCGGUUACAUGGUGCAGAAGAAGGGAAAAAAUAUAUGGAGAAGACAGUCAACAAACACCAUGAAAUUGUGGAAUCAAUAAAGGAACUGUCAAAUGGACUGCUGGACCUUGAGGCCAAACUACAGUUGGAGACCUUGAAACCUCAAACACGUGAAGAAAACAACAAACGGGACACCAUUGAUACUCCUGAGCAAAAGGAAAGUGGACAUACUCCUGAGAUGACAGGCCCACACUGUACUAAAGAGUUACCUAUCAACAAGAAUCCAGAAAAUAAGAAACCUCAGCUUCGCAAGACACGAAGCCAAGAUUUGCCAGACAAACCUCAUCCAGAGCAUCAUAAGGUGCUGUCAGAGAUCAGACUGUGCACCCAGGAGGCCUAUUCCAAGACCAGCAAGCUGGAGACCAUCACAAACAAGUCUACUAUAGAGAGAAAAGAGGAGAUGCACACCACCUCCACUCACAUCCACACUUUUAAUGUGAACAAUUCCCCUGCGGUGCGAGAUAGGAGGAGUCACAUUCUGCAGCAAGCCAAGAGGGACUCCCAAGAAAUCCCACCUCCCUCUCCUCCCCCAUCACCACCUACACGAGAUCCAUCAUGCAUCACAUACAUCCAAAAACAGUUUCAGGGUGCAGAGAAACCAUAUUCUGCUCAGAAGACCAACUCUGAGGACAAUUAUCAGGGCUUCAGUAGACCUCAUCCACCCUCAGAUUCCAAGACUGCAGCUCAUCACUCUGUCGAGGAGGAGUUUUUGUCACGUGGAACGCCAGAGCCAGCAUCUCCAGUACCUGAAGGUGACUUCCACCCAGACCAUCUCACUGAGGAAUCGCUCUCCAAUGACGAAUACGAAUGCACCUCCCCUGAUGACAUCUCCCUGCCUCCAUUAUCCGAGACUCCAGAAUCCAACAUUUUACAGUCCGAAAAUGACCUGGAUGAUGGCUACUGCGUCAGUUCUCACAGUCUCCGUGUUAACCAGCACAGCCACCAAUCCCACUCCCAGUAUGGGGACACCCUACACCAGAGGCGGGACUGGAUGUCUAGCCAGGCAGAGAGCUACCCCUCUCCCACCACUGGUCUGGGGGCCAGGUUCAGAGCUGAGUCUUCCUCCUUUGUUCAAAGCCCCCUAGCAGUGCCUGCCCCCAGUCUUGUGUCCAAUACCAUCUCCAGCUUGCUCUUCAAGAGCAAAUAUGGCAACCCACCACAAGGCAGCCAUGCUGAAUGCAGUGAAACUCUUUACUCAGUGCAUGAAAUUCAUACCGAGAUACAAGAGAGUGUGCAUGAUUCCAGUAGAGCUCGGUCCCAUAGCAUGCAUGCUACCCCAACCCCAUUAACUACAGGCCAGGACUCUGAUGUGUGCAAGCCCACAGUCAGAGAGGAAAUCAGGCGGCCAUCUUCCAAAAAGGUUAUGGGCAAUCUGGCAGCUGGCCUGGGCCUUCACUUCUCCAAACCCUUGUCUAAUGCCACAGUUGUGGAAGGCUCUCCGGUGACCCUGGAGGUGGAAGUCACUGGAUGUCCUGAGCCUAUAUUAACCUGGUUCAAGAAUGGACACAAACUGGCCAAUGAUGAGCACAUAGAACUGUCCCAAAAAGAAGGCAAGCAUGUGUUGUUCAUUCAGAGUGCUGCGGUGAGAGACUCUGGGCAGUAUGUGGUCACUGCCUCUAACUCAGCUGCCACUGUCUCAUCCAGCUCCAUGCUACAGGUCAAAGGUAACAACAGCCCUGACUUAGACACUGUCAAGCUGGACUGGCACACCUGCUUUGGCACUCUCUGUUUCCUCAUGUGGCUCCUCUACCUGCUGUUGUUAUAAUGGACACAGUUAUUAACAAGGAAAAGCACAUGGACGUGGACCCCACUUUUCAAGCUAUUGUACUUCACAUGUCACCUAACCACUGGGCUGCACAGAAUUAACUGUCUUGGUAAUUAAAGAAAAUGUACACAUUUAAAACAAUGUUUUCACCAUGUAUAUAAAAUAUGCCAAUUCAAUACCUGCACUGGGCCAGCACAAAAGAAACGCCACAUAUUGUUUUCAUUUCGACUCAAAAUAACAAAGUUGUUUUUGCAUGAAACAAAUUCAAAAUAUAUUUUAAAUUCACGUGUAUUUUAUUCCUUUUUUAUUAUGUAAGUAGCAGCUAUUUUCCUUUUGCUAUACCAUGCAUGCAUUUCCCAUUGUCUGAUGUUAAUGACACCCUGGUCUGUUUUUAGUUAUUUAAAGUUACAGUUUUGGAAAAACUGAACAAAAUGUUCAACACUUGACAAUUAAAUUAUUUAUUUUUAAGGAGUUCAUGUGUGUUUUAAAAAUGUCACUUUUACGUCCCAAGGCUUUGGUGUUAAUGUUUGUUUUUAGAUACAGUAUAUUUCACUAUAUGUAUAGAACUUUUCAUGACUAACAAUAUAAAUGUUUCUAGCCAUAUUCAUUAUUGAACUUAGAGUAACUUCUCGUGUAGGUAUGAUCUUCUAUAAAUGAAAAUAUUUUUCUAACAGACAUUUAUAGGGUACGACAGGGCUAAAGGCACUUUUGAUUUUAUAUUCUCCCAAAACACUCAACAGCAACAAAAUCUACCACAGUACAUUCCUAUACACUGCAAAAUAUUCGAGAUGAGAUCAUUGUGUGCAAUGUCUGAUGUUUGAUUUUGAGGUCAUUUGAUAUAAUAUUUAAUAAUGUUUAAAAUGUUGCAAUUUUAAGUAGCUAAUGAGAAUCCCUGAAAUGAUCAAACUUUUUUUUUUUUUUUUUUAAUAGCUGUCUAAUUAGUCAAAGGAUAGUGUUUGGGGUAAAAAGCCCCCCUGUUGCAGGGGCUAAAGGCCCCCAUUAAACACAUUGUUUUUCUUACAUGAGGCAAAUAGAUUUGUUAUGAAAAAUGUUCAAAGUGGGCUUGCAUUGAUCUCCAAUCACAAUGGAGAUUAAUUUAUUUAUAAAAUACUUGUGAUGUUAUGAAAUGCCAAACGUGAUUGAAAUGAACAGAAAAUGGUGCACCCCUUUCUGAAGUAGUUAUUUUGAAUAAUCAUUAUCUUAAUUUGUUUUACGCAUCUUGUUGUCUCAAAAGUUAACUAUUGUCCCUAUAUUUACAAUAUAUCACCAUGACAAAUUUGGGGUAAAAAAAUAAUAAUAAAACGAAUAUUUAUUAUUAUUAUUUCUUUUCACACAAAUGAUGUUGCUCCAUCAGUAUUCAAUAAAAAGAAGUUAUUUGUAUUAUUAUUAUUAUAUUUUUUUUCAAUCUUGAUACACUUUGUGACCAUAAAAAAAAGAAGCUAAUUUUCCUUAUGGUGUGCCUUUAGCUUCAUUCUGACCCAAAGUCUUAUCUUUCCCAAUACAAUUACAGUGAACUUAAAGGAAUAGUUCACCCAAAAAAGUAAUUGUAUCAUCACUAUCUCAUCUUCAUGUUGUUCUAAACCCAUAUUGCUGUCUUUCUUCUGUGGAACUUUUUAUUUUAUGAUUAAAUUAAAUGGUGAAUAAAGAGCCGCGUUCUGGCUGACAUGCUGGCUACCAUCUCCUUUUGUGUUCCACAGAAAAGAAACAGUCAACACGUUUUGUAAUAACAUGAGGGUGAGUAAAUAAUGACAGAUAUUAUUUUAGGUGAAUUAUCCCUUCACCAUUUUAUCCCAUUUUAUACAGGCAGUUCAUUGGUGUUCAGUGUGAUUUGUUUCUAAUGUAUAGUUAGCUUGAAAAUGAGAGGGUAAUGCCUGAAGAGUGUUGUAGUCCUUGUGAUGUCAUCUGAUGAGUACAGAAUGUACCCUCAGUUGCGAGAGUCUGUCAUUUGACCUGAGGUAGGCGUGACUGAGGUGAGUAAUCACCAGGAUUGGGGAGUAACGGAAUGUAACAGGAUUCCAUAUUUAAAAUACAAAAUAUAAGUAACUGAAUUCCACUACAGUUACAAUUUAUAUAAUUGGUCCUUAGAAUACAGUUACAUUCAAAAAGUAUUUUGAUUACUGAAGAGAUUACUUUGCAUUUUAUUUUCAUUUGUUUCAUUUAAUAUUUAGUCCUUUCAGAUGGAAAACAUUUAUACAUAUAUAUGAUGCGAUUCAAAGUGCAUUUGAACAGCGGAGAAACACUUUCUAAAGAAGUGUUUCAUUCAUAGCAGACAUAGAAGUUUGAAGUAAGUUUGGAGCACAAGAAAUAGAAAUAAACCUCAGCUUUACGCUAAUCUAAAAUGCUAUUUCUAGCCAUUUUACGUGCAUGUUACCAGGCACGAUCAUAUAUAUUUCAUAAUUUAUUUUACUCUAGUAAGACCUUUGAUAUUAAAAAUCAUAUUCUUGAUCAUUAUUCUUGUA